UUGACAAGGCACCGAUGGGGAACUAUUCGUGCCACGACUGGAGCCUCUUUUGGUUCGAGCCGCAAGUCUAUGGCUAUGACAAACACUAUAUUAUAUACGUUCGGCGGAACGGAAAUGUAAUAUUAAAUUGUGAUGGAGGCGUCUACGAAUUUGGUGGCAAAACGGGAAUGACAUUCGACAACUGCCAGUGGUACAACACAACGAACAAUGAGAAGUCCGUCCACUUUCUGAACGUGGCCAACCCGUGCUCUUCAGCGGUGUUGUCAUUCACCAACGCUUUGGAAAAACUACAAUGUCGGAAUUCAAGGCGUGGGGCUUAUAAGUUUACGGUUUAUUUUGACCUUUAUUUAGCCGACGAGUUGUUACACUGGAAGGAAAUUCCCCACACGAGAUUGACACAAAAAGAGGCUAUAUUCCAUUGUGAGGCCAAUGCCUCAACCCCACGUGCCUGCGGUAAAUGGUUCAUACAUGACCGGAAGUUCGAAGAACUCGAGGAUAAGCGUGGCUGCAUGGAAGUAGAAGGGACGCUGCAUUGUCCCAUCAACCAGUAUAUGGAUCUCUUGCCAGUCAAGUGUGUAGUCAGUAACAAUUUCGCUUCUUUGCAAUAUACGUUCGCUCGGGAGUCUCUGGAGAUGGCGGGUAUCAUCGGUGGCCCUGCAAUGUCAAACAGUUCCUUAAACGCUACGAAUAGCACGGACACGAAUGCCACAGAGAAUGGGAAUUUCGGCAGCAACAUGGGCUUCCCCGAACCACGCCUGAACCCCCCAAGUACGGCACAUCACAACGAAAUUAAAGUGGGGAUCUCCCGGCUGGAAAGGUCACCAGUGCAGCUCACAUACACAUUCAAGCGCAAAUGCUGCAGGAAACGCUGCCCAAGACGUUCCCCAACGGCAAGCAAAGCCGGAGAAAGGUCACCUUCCAUUUGGAGGUCUUAUAUCUACCUUUUCGGCGAUAUCAAGCAGCUGCCUCCUGUGCUGGAUCGCCAACUUUAUGGCGAUGGCUUCAAAAGCGAAAUGGCCGAUCAUGGGCAGCUAAUUUACAGAAACGCCUUUACCAAAGCCUUCGUCUUCACGACCUCCCAACGGCAACGCGGAGACGAUCCCGAGCAACAAAAUUUCAGGGAUGCAUUAGACAGACUGAGUGUUGGAGAGUCAACGAUUGAAGACUACGAAAAAAUGAUUUCACGAAAUUAUGGACUGCUUCCCGACGAAGAACGGGAAUCAUUUAAGACUGCUAUUCGGUUGUUUACUGAGCGGGAACCGGCAUGUCAGUAUAAUAUAAAGGCCCUGACGGAUCUACGGAUGCCAGUUGCAAAAAUCAAGGCUAAACAUAACAAUCAAACAGCCGCCCGAGGAAAUGACCAGCAGGCAAUGGGGCUGGAACCGGCACUUUACCUGUCGCGCGGGUCAAGGGUUAUGCUCAAACGAAACCUAUGGACGGAUAAAGGACUCGUAAACGGAUCCUUGGGUUUUGUGCGUGAAAUUAUUUAUGCGCCUGGAACAUCUCCAGAUGACGCGAUGCCGUUGGCUGUUCUUGUCGAAUUCGACAAGUAUAAGGGGCCAACGUUUGCUAGCAACUGUGUGCCCAUCUGUCCGAUCACUUCCGAAUGGACGGAGAAUGGACAGAAGUGUUGUUAUAAAGAGAGCUCGACGUUGUUUUGUCGGGACACAACGAUAUUAUCCGCCAAUGGCGUCCAACAGGGCGAUCCCCUCGGUCCGUUGCUGUUCUGCCUGGGAUCUAGCAAAUUGACCAGAAGUCUCCGCGCUGAUCUCAAUGUUUGGUAUCUGGACGACGGGACGGAAGGAGGUGACCCAGAAAUUGUUUUUGAAGAUUUGAUCACUGUGCAAAACGAAGCCUCCAAACUCGGCCUGGAACUUAAUUUUGCCAAGUGCGAGCUGUAUGUGUACGGCGGUUCCGAAGAAGAACGACUGAGGAUCUUUGAUCGUUUUAAUGCGGUUGCACCCGGAAUUCAACUGGUAACCCCAGAGACACUCGAACUGCUUGGCGCUCCUCUCACUGACUGGUCUAUUGAACGUGUCCUGGACUGUGAAAUUAGUCAAGUUAAGAAACUGACUGAAUCUUUGGGUGUUUUGCCGGCACAUCAGUCUCUAUUCUUACUCAGAAACAGCAUGUCCCUGCCACGUCUCAUGUACAUUCUCAGAGCGACGCCCUGCCACAAAUACCCAGAGAAGCUCAGAGAAUUUGACGAUGUGAUAAAGUCCAAGGCCGAGGAAAUCACAAGCGUCAAGAUGGACGAUGUUACAUACAGGCAAGCUUCUCUUCCGGUGAAAUCAGGUGGGCUAGGUUUACCGAAAGCGGAAGAAAUUAUAGCCCCAGCACAACUGUCUUCACUUUAUGCGACUGACGAGCUGGUCAGUAGUAUUGUGCCCGAGGACUGCCCUGAUGACCGGAUCGAAGUCGAGUUUCGCUGGAAAGAAUUAACUGGAAAAUCAGCCUCUGCUAAAGAAGACCGAAGCAAUCAACGCCUGUGGUCGGACAUGCUGACUAUCAGGAAGCUGGAAGCCUUAAAGGAGGAUGCCGACGUUAUCGCCUCUGCUCGCUUGUUGGCCGCCUCUACUAAGAAUGCUAGUGCCUGGUUGUUUGCUUUGCCGGUUGCUAGCCUUGGCACACUGUUGGACGACGAUGUGGUACGAAUUAGGUUUAGGUUUAUUGUUUAA